AAGAGUGUCCAAGCGAAUUUUGAAGCUAAUUUUAGUCGUAUGUUUGUGGACGUGUUAAAAUUUUUGUGUUACGAGUUGGGUGUUUCUGAAACCGGUUCGAAACAGGACUUGGUGAAUCGUUUGGUUAGUGAGAGUAAAAGAAGGGAAGUUUCUGAUGAGUACAAUACUGGAAAAGGAAAGGUGUCAGACGGUAAUGAUGGUACGACUGCGGCUAUGUUCGGCGGUUCUGAUGUGUCAGAUUGUGAGCUAAAGAAUGCUCCUACAAGCAGUGCUACGGAAAAGAGGUUUGACGGAGGAAGGUUUAGUUACAACUUAAUGGGUAAUGACCAGCCUCAACAUAUUUCUUGGGCAUCGAAUAAGGCCCCUUGGCCCUCUGAGUUAGAGGAUAAUAUUUGGAAGAGACGUGAACUUUCUAAGGCUAGGAAUCAGUAG